AUGAGUGCAGAAUUUGUUAUUGACAGGUACGGAUUUCGGUCAGCCCCUCAAGCAAGACCACGAAGACCCUCUGACAUCAUCAGAGAAAACGCUAGAAUGGAAAAAUGACAAGAAAUGCUUCAGAGAUGGGAUUACAAUGUCCUCAGGCGCUCAGAAUGGGUCAGAAGAAGAAUCCGGAAAGGCAUCCCAGACUCUUUCCGAGGAAGGGUUUGAGCUGAACUUGCCAAUCUAAAGCAGCUUAAAGAAGAACACGAUGCAGGCUACUAUAGAAGCCUUGCCGAAACUGUCAUAGAAAAUAAAGCUACACGUGAUAUUCAGCUUGACAUAAAUCGAACAUUUCCAGACAAUAUUUUAUUCAGCAAUGAAGGAAUCGGCCAGCAAACACUUUUUAGGAUUUUAAAAGCUUAUGCUCUUCAUGACCCUGAAAUUGGAUAUUGCCAAGGCAUGGGUUUUUUGACUGGAUUAUUUUUAUUUUAUAUGCCAGAAGAGGAUGCGUUUUGGAUGCUCAUCGCUGUAAUGAAAAAAUAUGAAAUGAGGGAGUUCUAUAUGCCUGGGAUGCCUGGAGUCUACAAAGCUUUUUAUAAGGUAAAUGCCUUAAUUAAGCAAUAUCUGCCAGCAUUAUUCAGACAUUUUGAAGAAAUUGGGAUUUCACCAUCUAUGUUUGUGCCUUCCUGGAUAAUGACUUUGUAUAUAAAUUAUUUGCCAACUGAAGUAGCUUUGAGAGUUUUAGAUGUAUUUUUUAAUGAGGGACCAAAAAUAUUAUAUAGGAUUUAUAUUCUUAUUUUUAAAGAAGUUAAGGAUGAGCUAGUAGAAUUGGCGGCUGACAAAAUUUUUAAUAGAGUUAAAACAAUACCGGAUAGUUUUGAUCCUGAUGAAACAAUUAAAAAAGUCUUCAAAAUUUCACUUGGGAGAGCUAGAUUGAUAGACAUAGACAAAGAAUAUGAAAGCUCUCGAGGUAAUUAG